UUCACUCACACACAACCUGAAAUGUGGGAGGUGGGUGUGGAAAUAUUCCAAGGGGCCUUUCACACCAAAAAUCACAGUCGCACCCAAAGAGACAGCUACAUGGCCUCCCGGUAUAGUACCGGAUCCAAAUUGCACACCAAAAAUCUGCUGUAGUACAGGUAGCACCCACCCACCUACUGGAAACAUUUCAGGAUACACUAGAGCACCAAAAUUCAUGCACAACCUCACUGCCUGGUAUCAGCUUAAAAUAGAUCCAGGUGACACAAUAGGCAGCAUGUACACUCUACAUGAAAACAACAAUAAUGGCACAGACCCAAAAUUAUGCUAUUAUGUUAAACAUUUGGAACCUGCAACAUAUAGGUGCACACAUACCGAAACACAUAAUGACACACAUAUAAGAUUCAAAGAGUUAAUGUACGAUCUCACAUCGUACACACCUAACGAGCCGAAGCCAAAAGCUUUUGUGUGGACCAACCGAAAAGAAGGAACGUAUUGUGUCGGAGAAUGUACACAUAGCAUAGACAAUUUCACCAAUCCACACAACUGUUCUUGGACUGUUAAGUAUUGUUUUAAUUUGACCACCUGCGGGUACACUAAACCCAAAAUUUGUCCAGAAUUACACCCAAUUCCUCCUGGCGGACUGAUUAGAGGAAACAUUAACAAAACUUUGUUACAUGACGUAAAUUUGGUAAUGACACACGUAAAUUACAACAUUUCCAACAUACUUUCUGCCUAUACAAAACAUUGUAAUAUUAAUGAUGAGUCAUAUGCAUGGCUACAGUCACGAAUCGAUGAUUUAAUUUCUGAUUACAAAGACAGACUUGCCGUCCAAAUUCCACCUUCUCGCUCAAAACGAGACCUACUCAGCAGUAUAGCCGGCUUGUUUGGAUCAAUUAAUUCAGCAGCCAACACCUACAAAAUAACGAAACAAUCCCAAUUCUCCACAUGGUUGACAGACCAGAUGGCCACUGGUUUCCAACACCUCACCAAUAGCAAUGAUAACAUUAUCAAAGCGGUUCGUUCUGAGGCGCAGGCGCUUCUGACGAUCAGCCACACAUUGUUCAAUCAGACCCGUACCAUCGAACGUGACUUAGCCUGUAGAUCAUAUGCACAAGAUUUAUUCACUGCCACACGACAAGAAAUUUUUGAUCUUCGCCUUCACCAGACCCCUAGACAUGUUUUAAAUGAUUUAAUUGAAGUUUUAGAUUUGCAUAGAUGGUUCUCUUCAGAAAAGAUGAAAAAUGUCAAAUAUUCAGAACUGUUAUCCACAAUUAUGAUGUAUACUGGAAACGAAUGUAUUGGUUGCAUUGGAUUUUUUGCCACUUUUCCUUUAAUACACCCAGAUCAAGUUUAUCCAAAUUCCACUACUAUUCGCUCUAUUGGCAUGGUAGUUAAAGAUCAGGUAAUUAAAUGGGAUCACCUCACGGGAUAUAUGACUUUGAAGGGUACUGAGACCUUGUUCACCAGUCGCACUUGUUGUCAUGAAACUCACAAUUAUGUUGUCUGCACAUGUAACACAUUACAGCCUUUCUCCUCCAAUGAUAGCAAACUCAUAAAUGUUGAAUCGUUGCAUGGCCAUUCAAAUGCUGUUCAGGUGUCUCAUACACAGUGGUGCAUCAUCAGUGAGAUGAAUUCGUUCACAUAUGGAGGACUGACCUGUCCUGCUAAUCACUCCUUUUGCUUGGAAGUGACAGAGGACUUUUCUAUGGGCCAGAUUGACAUCCUCGGAAGGAUGCCAAAGGACGCAGAGGUCUCUCCAUGGUGGGACGACACCUUUUAUGAACACGGAACACAAGCUUUGGUCGACACGAUGGACUUGGUACAGAACAUCGUCCUCCAAACAGAGUAUCACCUCUCUCAAGCGCAAGUGGAGACGAACUUGGCGCGAAAGACUGCACAGAUCCUGUCUAGCUCAUCUACUCGAUCGGCACAGACUGCAUACACCUGGUGGGACUGGGUACUUCGAGGUUGUGCGGUUGGAAGCGCACUCAUCUUCUCCUUCACGCUUUUCCAAUGUUGCUACUUCCGACACCUCAUCAGAUCAGUAAAAGCAUCCACCAACACCAUCUUAACUCUCAGCCCCUUGAAGCUGCCCACCUUACAAAGACUGAAGUGACACCGCAGGAAACCCUGUGAGUGG